CGCUCGGCCGGCGCGCGCUCCGGAGCGCGGAGGCUGGAGGUAUAACGUGAGGGCGUGUGGAUCGCGAGUCCCGGGUCCAGUCCCGAAGUAAGUGCACUUGCACGCCGUGGACCUCAGACUGGAGGAGUCAGUCGGAGUCCGAGGAUCGGAGCGGAACCUCCUCUGAGAGCGCCGCCCGUUCGCUCGUCGCCGCCCGCGCAACCCGGCACUGCCAGAGUCACCAGCGCAGCGCGGCCAUGGAGCCCAGCAGCAAGAAAGUGACAGGCCGCCUCAUGCUGUCCGUGGGAGGGGCAGUGCUUGGAUCUCUGCAAUUUGGCUACAACACUGGUGUCAUCAAUGCCCCUCAGAAGGUAAUCGAAGAGUUCUACAACCAGACCUGGAUCCACCGUUACGGGGAGCCCAUCUUGCCUACCACACUCACCACACUCUGGUCCCUCUCAGUGGCUAUCUUCUCUGUUGGAGGAAUGAUUGGGUCCUUCUCUGUGGGCCUGUUUGUUAAUCGCUUUGGCCGGCGGAACUCUAUGCUGAUGAUGAACCUCCUUGCCUUCCUGUCUGCUGUGCUCAUGGGCUUCUCGAAACUGGGCAAGUCCUUUGAGAUGUUGAUCUUGGGCCGCUUCAUCAUUGGCGUAUACUGCGGCCUGACCACGGGCUUUGUGCCCAUGUAUGUUGGGGAGGUGUCACCCACAGCUCUUCGUGGGGCUCUGGGCACCCUGCACCAGCUGGGCAUCGUUGUUGGCAUCCUUGUUGCCCAGGUGUUCGGCCUGGACUCCAUCAUGGGCAAUGAGGAGCUGUGGCCCCUGCUGCUCAGUGUCAUCUUCGCCCCAGCCCUGCUGCAGUGUGUACUGCUGCCCUUCUGCCCUGAGAGCCCCCGCUUCCUGCUCAUCAACCGCAAUGAGGAAAACCGGGCCAAGAGUGUGCUGAAGAAGCUGCGUGGAACAGCUGAUGUGAGCCAAGACCUACAGGAGAUGAAGGAGGAGAGUCGGCAGAUGAUGCGGGAGAAGAAGGUCACCAUCCUGGAGCUGUUCCGUUCCCCCGCCUACCGCCAGCCCAUCCUCAUUGCUGUGGUGCUGCAGCUGUCCCAGCAGCUGUCAGGCAUCAAUGCUGUGUUCUAUUACUCCACAAGCAUCUUCGAGAAGGCAGGAGUACAGCAGCCUGUCUAUGCCACCAUUGGCUCAGGCAUCGUCAACACAGCCUUUACCGUUGUGUCGCUGUUCGUGGUGGAGAGAGCUGGCCGACGGACCCUGCACCUCAUAGGCCUGGGUGGUAUGGCAGGCUGUGCUGUGCUCAUGACCAUUGCACUGGCACUGCUGGAGCAGCUGUCCUGGAUGUCCUAUCUGAGCAUUGUGGCCAUUUUUGGCUUUGUGGCCUUCUUCGAAGUGGGCCCGGGCCCCAUCCCGUGGUUCAUUGUAGCUGAACUUUUCAGCCAGGGUCCACGCCCCGCUGCUUUCGCCGUCUCUGGUUUCUCCAACUGGACCUCAAAUUUCAUUGUGGGCAUGUGCUUCCAGUAUGUGGAGCAACUGUGUGGUCCCUAUGUCUUCAUCAUCUUCACUGUGCUCCUGAUUCUGUUCUUCAUCUUCACCUACUUCAAAGUUCCUGAGACAAAAGGCCGGACCUUCGAUGAGAUUGCUUCUGGCUUCCGGCAGGGGGGAGCCAACCCAAGUGACAAGACACCUGAGGAGUUGUUCCGCCCUUUGGGAGCUGAUUCCCAAGUGUGAGGUGCCCCACAUCACCAACCCGGCCUGCUCCCAGCAGCCCCAAGGAUAUUUCUGGAGCACGGGCAGCUGGAUGAGACUUCUAAACUGACAGAUCUCAGCUGAGCCAGGCCUGGGUCUGCUUUCUUCAGCCAGCAAUGAUGUCCAGAAGAAUAUUCAGGACUGUAAUGGCUCCAGAAUUUUAACAAAAGCAAGACUGUUGCUCAAAUCUAUUCGGACAAGCAACAGGUUUUAUAAUUUUUUUAUUACUGAUUUUGUUAUUUUUUUAUCAGCCAGACUCUCCUGUCCCCUUACCCCAGGCUUCACCCUGAGUGGCUCAGUGCCUGAGGGUGGGACCAGGCCCUGUGCAGACACUCGCCUUCUUCACCAAGCUAAUCUUAGGACUGGACCUAUGACCAAGGACACACUAAUCGAACUAUGAACUGCAGGCUUCUACUCUAGGAGAUGGCCAUGGCCACCACUUUGCAGGCCUGGAUCUUUCCACUCUAGAGGUUGGGCUUCAUUUUAGGAUUUGCCCAUUCCCAUCUCUUCCUUCCCAACCACUCAAAUUAAUCUUUCCUUACCUGAGACCAGUUGGGAGCACAGAAGUGCAGGGAGGAGAGGGAAGGGCUGCCAGGUUCUAGUCUCCUGUGCACUGAGGGCCAGACGAUCUCCACGAGAAAAGGCUUUGGGGAGGCUAACUUACUGCUGAAGAAGACAUGGACACUUCUGCCCUGCUGUGUAUAGAUGGAAGAUAUUUAUAUAUAUUUUUUGGUUGUCAAUAUUUACAGGCACUAAGUUAUAGUAUAUCUGGACAAACCAACUUGUAAAUACACCACCACACUCCUUCUGUAACUUACCUAAAGAGAUAUAAAUGGCUGGUUUUUAGAAACAUGGUUUUGAAAUGCUUGUGGAUAGAAGGUAGGGAGGUUUGGGUGGGCAUGGGGAAGAACCAAGCAGAAUUGUGACUACUGCCGUGACUUCUGGCUCAGGAUACCAUCCCUUGCUAGCACCUAUACCCUUUGUUGUUAAAAAAUUUUUAUUACCCAGAGAAAAUUCAAAUUCUUAAUCUUGAUAUUCACGUUAUUUCCAUCAUAUUUAAUAGUGUUAAAAAACAAUAGCUAUUUGCUGACUGUGAUGUUUCAGUUUAAUAGGCAUUAUCUCCGAUGUGAAGUACUACAUCUCCUUUUGGCUUCUUUAUAAGCCCUUGUCUACAACCCAUCCCUCAACAAAAUUAAUCACAUUUUUAUGAGCCUUCCAGUUGGUGGCUGCACCUUGUCCUCAGAUCUACACUGGGGUGGUUUGCACCCCUUAUAGAAAAGGGAUCAGAGAACUGAAGUGUAGCCUCCUGGAGUCUUCUAGGCAACAGCUAGGGGCAGUGGGCUGACUAGGCUCCCUACACCUGUGGGUCACCUUGCUUUUGAAAAAUGGCUUUGUGAGGCAUGGGUGCUGACCAAGGGCAGAAAGGAACUGGGAACUGUCAAACUGCCUUAAUCUUUUGGAAUUGCUCCAAAUUGCUUCCAUCUAAACGUUUCUGCCGAGCUUCCUCCUGCAUCCCCUAAUUUUAAGACCCCUUCAUCUCUCCUAUUCUUGUAUUUGCACCCUUCCACCUUUAUCACAAGUCCAAAUUUCUCCUGUCUGAAUUUUAACCUGCAGGAACCAAUUUGGUUUGUCUGGGUUCUCAGAACUACUCAAUGCAGUGUGCUGAGCUGUAGUUAAAAGGAAGAACCAAGAACUGUGACUAGCUUGAGCUGGCAAAAUCGAAUUUGCCUUCUAAACCACACAUAGGCAAAACUAAAAUUUCCUUGGCUUGAAGGAGUUUUAAGGCGGAAGUAAGGAGGGAAAACGGGUAUUUAGUAAAUAGAAAGUUGUCUGUGUCACGACUAGGUACUGCACUGGAAAUGUGAGGUGUCGUCUUCACCUCACAUAUGAACGGGUUGAGAGGAUCUGCCUUAUUUGAUUUUGGGGCAAGAUAACUGACCGUGUCGGGCUGAGCCAGGUGUGGGAAACCUGCGUUCCCAAAUCCUGUUGGAAGUUCUGCCACUAAGUUUCCCAGACUUGGGCCCCAGAACGGGAGGAGGAAAGUCAGGCGCGCGCUUAAAACUCAAUCCUUUGGCGCUGUGGAGUGGUUCUUAAAGAGAGAAGACCUGGGAUAAGGCUGUGGGGCGUGCGAGAAGCGUGCAUCAGAGGCAGGAAGCGGCCUGCCAGGCAUCCCGCGCUCUGGCCCAGGGGACUUGAUCUUGGUCUGCACACAUCAGAGAGCCCACUUACCAGUUCCCUCCGACCCUGUGUCGGUACCCACGCCCCAGGCCGCGGCAUUGCACAAAAGCGAGGAGACCUGUAGGCGCACGGAGCCCCGUGAGCGCCCAGCUUCCGGUCCUCGACCCUUUUCCUCUAAGGGGUGCAGCUCGCCCAAGUGUAAAAUUUUUGAGGGCAAGGCGCUGCCGCUCACGCCUGGGCAAACGCCUAUCCCGCGGCCCACCCCUUUCACCGGCGGGCUCGCUCCGGGUGGGCCGAAGGCUCAAGUGUCCCAUAGUCUAUCUUCCUCCGCUCAGAGGAGGCGGGGCCAGGCGCCGUCUCCACCAAUCAGCCGCUGUGGGACGAGCGCGCAGGCGUCGGCCGCUGGAGACCCGCAGAGCGCAUCAGCCCGCCCUUUUGGGGGGCUGGGGAGGGGAAACCUGCCUAUUGGCCGAGGUCCUGAGGCUUGCAGUUCUCUCAGGUACCUGUCCCCGAUCGGGCGACUUCUGACGUUUCCAACAACUGCUCCUCUUUGCCUCGGCCACCAUUGUCCAGUCUUGUUUAAUCCUUCAUUCGAAAUCUUAGGCUCCGGACGCCUGAAGUCCUUCUGAACUCCACUCGUCCUGUAUUUCCUCCAACAAAACGAGUUCCACAAAGUAGCUGAUUUGGCCUGCCUUCCACUACAGUAGGAAAGAACAAGGACUAGAUCAGUCCUUGGUCCCCAGUUUCUACCACAGAAUGUGGUCAGCAUUAUGAAAUGAUUGGACUAGAAUUUAGAACCAAAGAACUUAGAAAUAGGUCUGGCAGAAAACCCAAUUCAAAAAAAAAAAGUGUAUUUACUAACAGGGAAAGGAAUAUUCUCUCUUGUCAAAACGGCAUUUUCAUGACUGGCCCUCGUUGCAAUUACUCACCGUAGUAUGACUCACACAUCGUCUCCUAGGAUCACUGCAACAGUCUUACUCCGCUUUCCUUCCUCUUUGCCCUCAACGCAAAUUUAAUCAUGUCUCUCUCCUGCUUCUAAACCCUCCCUGGGUUCCCAUUUCCCUCAAGAUGCUAUUCAUCUUCUAAUGCCUGAAAAUUCAAGCCCUUUCACGAUCUCCAUCUCAUUGCUGUCUCCAUUGCACCUCGCCUACAUCCUGCAGCCAUGGAGCCAGUCUGCUCUCUGAUGUCACAUUCUCUUUCUCCUCUGGUCCUUUGGAGGUGCCCUCCUCACCACUUGCAUUCCUGUUUUCCACCAGGUGAUUCAGUAUACCAGGUCAAAGUCAAAAAGUGAUUGGGGAAAGUGCCAGUUGUGGUGCUUGGCUUAUCCGUUGGCACACUGCUACCAACUAGUGGCUGUUGGGUGAACAUUUGCGUCAGGGUGGUUUUAACCUCAUCCUCCAAGAUUGAGGGAAUAGUUUAACUUCAUCCUCCUAGAUUGAGAGAAUAGUUGGCUAUCUAUCCCUUGAUUGGGUUACUACAAUAUUCGUUUGGUCACUCUGCCCAUGACACCCCAAGUUACCUAGGUAAAGCAGUGUUCUGGUUCCAUUGCUCUAUGCUUAAUACUCCAUGAUAAACCCCAAUUCUUUAUCCACAUUCUGACUCUUACAGACUAUGUCUCCCAAUAUGCUCCUUCAACACCCUAAGCUUCAGCCAAGACAACUAUUCAGUAUUCAUAAACAAGACCUCUAAUUCACUGUCUUACCCUAAAAUAUUUUUUGUCCUUUCUCCUGGUCUACCUUUGUUCUGUCUCUAAGGUUGUCUGGUCUUAAGAUACCAACUUAACAUGCCACUUUCUCUAUGAAAUGUGCUCAUUCCUUGAACUGUCAUUGACUUUUUCAGGCAUUCUGUUUUAUGUAGUGUCUUGGAAGUAAUGUGGUUACUACAGUCAGAAAAAUGCUGACUCUGAUUUUUAAAAAUAGCUUAUUUCAGAUUCCUGCUCUGCUACUGAGCUCAAAAAUCUGGGGCAAGUCAUUUUACUUUUCUGAUCUUCAGUCUCCUCAUCUUUUGUAAUAUUAAAGGUUAAGUGGAAUACAGGUAUCAGUGGGAAUUACACAGUCUUCCUUCCACAUGGUUCGGAAAGUCAAGAUUCAUUCCUAGAUGAUGGAAUCUCUUCCAUUCUCAUAGUCUCUCUCUCUGUCUCUCAUUCUCCACCCCACCCCCAGCUUUCCCCUGAGCUACACACACACACACAUUUUAUUUUAUUCAAGACAGUGUCUUGCUAGAUUGCCAAGGUUGGCCCCUAAGUUGUGUUCCACCUACCUUAGCCUCCAAUACUACUGGAAGUAUAAGUGUGCUCUGCCACACUGGUCAUCUCUGACUCUGAGUGUUGGCAUUCUAUACCGCCUUGUGCAAGGUUCUCAGUGCAAGCUAUUUCCGAUCAUGAAACUCAUUUCUAGUUUCACUUAAUUAUUUACUGACUGCCUCCCAGGUGCUAAGGAUAAGGCAGUAAGAGAAAAAAGAUUUAUAGUCAUGGAGCUUACAUUGUGAAUGCAGUAAGCAACCAACUAAUGUAUAAUAAAGUGUCAGUAGUUUGUAUUAUGGGAAAAAAAAAGAAACCAAACCAAGGAUGAAGAGGAUGAAUUGUGAGGAUUGCAUGGGGAUGGAGGUUUUAGAUAAUUUGUACAAAGACCAGAAGGAAAUGAAAGAACAAAUCAACACAUAUUUAAGAGGAAAACCUUUUAAGCAACUUCAAAGGUGCUAAGGCAGAACCGUAUUUAGUGUAUUGUAAGAAUUAGCAAGGAAGCCCACACCUGGACCAAUUAUACAUGAAAUUGGGAAGGUGGUGGGAUGCCAAGUACAUAGGACUUCAUGGAUCACAUGGAACUUCUGGUUUUAUUUCAAUGUUGAUAAGCCACUGGAGAACAUUGGUCAGAGAAAUGACAACCUGAUUUACAUUUUUAAAGGAUCAUGUGUCUGCUAUAAGCUGAAGGAGAGUGUCAAGGGUUAGGGUCUAGAUGUCCCUUCAAAGCUCCACAUGCUGUUGGAUGUGGAGCUGUUGGGAGGUGUUUAGACCAGGGAGGUAGUCUUUGAUAGAAUAAUCCUCUGAUGAAUUUUUGGCUAAAUAUGCUAUUAGCAGGUAGAAUCCAGUCACAAGAAGUGGGUCACUGGAGGCAUGACUCAGAAGGAUGCAUCUCCCCUCCGUAUCUUCCCUUUGCACUCUGCUUCCUGGCCACCAUGAUGUAAGCAACUUUCUUCCAUGACACCACUUCCACGAUGCUUUUUACUGUGUUUGAGCCUCUAAACAUGGACUGAAACUCAAACGCGUGAGCCAAAAGAAACUCUCCUCCUUUAAGUCAGGUAUUGUGUCAGCAAAGAAGAAAGUAAGACAGGAGCAAAAGCAGAAAUAGGAGCACCAGUCAGGAGGUAGUUGCUGUGGUCAGGUGAGAGGUGAUGAUGUCUUGGAUGUAGAAGCAGCAAGUAGAGGUGAUCAACACGGAGAUGCAUCUUGAAGUUUCAGCCAACACAACUUGCUGAUGAGAUUGACUGUGAGGUUUGGAAAAAAGAAUAAAAGAUAGCUGGAUUCACUGGUGUUAACUGAGAGUGAACUACUGAUGAAGUUAGAAUCAUCUGGUUUUGGAUGUACUGAGUUGGAGGCCCAACAGAUGUUCUAGUAAAGACAUGGAGUAGGCAUUUGGAUAUGCUAAUCCGAGGUUUGUGUAAAUUGUUAUGGAACAUUUGGGGAAAGAGGUAUUUAAAUCACAGCAACAUAGCCUAAAAUUGAAUUUUAGACAUCAGUGUUUCUUGGCGUCCUCCAGGCUCAAACUUUAGGCCUGAAUGCAAACCGGUUUGUCCUUCUCCCCACCUCACUAUGAAAGUCUGUGACUAAUGCUCUGAAGUGACACCUGGUCAGUUAAAACCAUAUCCAUUUAAAUUACUGGGCUGCUCUUCACCCCAUGUUCAUCAGGAGUCAUGGUUAUUUCCUUAACAAGAUUGUCAGUGUCUCACAAAAGUUAGCCUACACAUUUGCAUUAAGCAGUUGGGAAGGAGAAAGUGUGAGGUUAUUUAUCACGUGAUAGUGGUUUUCUUUCCUUUUUAUAUUCACUGUGUUUGUUCCAUUUUUCUCCUAAUGGACUGACCUCCAGUGCCUCAUAAACAAAGAACUUGAUUUUGAUUUAAGGUUCAAGUGAAGAAUACUGUUGACUGCAACUUAGGAUAUCACUGUUCCAUUUUUCUUUACUUCUCACUUUUUUAUAUUACUUAUACCUUUCUCCUAGAAUAGUUACCUUCAAACUUUCUUGUUCAUGGACUUCUUAAAGGAAUUUUGGAGAACUGUACUGCUUAGCCAUUGACAUUAAAUUUUUUGUCUAAAAUAUUUGCAAGAGAUUUGAAUUUUUAUAUAUAUUAUCAUUUAAAAAUAACUUCUUCAUGUGUAGGAUUGAUAACCGUAUUACUAACUUUUUGUUGGAUCAUUGAACAGAACUGUUUGCAGUCUCGCUGUUUGAAUGUCUACUUCGUAUGCUUUACUUUUGUAACUUGAACAACUAUUGCUAAGAGGACAAUAUGUACUUUAUCAACUAGUUAUUCCUGUUUAUUGUUUUUGAAAUUAUGUAUUGUUUCUACCCUUUUUCUGUUUUUUUCUCUUUAAAUAAAAUUUUUUUAAAAAUAA